CUCCUGUCUUGAAAGGGAGGUGAAGAAUAGUUUACUUUCCAGAGUUCAAGGUUUGGUGACGGCGUCCGUCUGGAGUAAAGAGUUUUGCCGAGGCUUCGAGCCCCUUUUCACUGAGCCAUCAUGCUGAACAUGUGGAAGGUUAGGGAGCUGGUUGACAAAGCAACCAACGUGGUGAUGAACUACUCUGAGGUAGAAUCUAAGGUCAGAGAGGCCACCAAUGACGACCCAUGGGGACCAUCAGGACAGCAGAUGAGUGAAAUUGCAAGAGCCACCUUCAUGUAUGAGCAGUUUCCAGAGGUGAUGAACAUGCUGUGGGCUCGCAUGCUGAGGGACAACAAGAAGAACUGGAGGAGAGUCUACAAGUCCCUGCUCCUGCUGGCUCAUCUAAUCAGGAAUGGAUCGGAGAGGGUUGUAACCAGUGCCAGAGAACAUCUGUAUGACCUUAGAUCGUUAGAAACCUACCACUUUGUAGAUGAGCAUGGGAAGGACCAAGGUGUGAAUGUGCGUCAAAAGGUGAAAGAGUUGGUGGAGUUUGUCCAGGAUGAUGACAGGCUUAGGGAAGAACGGAAAAAGGCAAAGAAAAACAAGGACAAAUACAUUGGUGUGUCAUCUGACAGCAUGGGAUACCGUGGUUACUCGGGGGACAGGUAUGACUCCAGUGACAGCCGAGGAAAGUGGGACGACGACUGGGACAAGAAUAAAGGUCCAUUCCCCUUCAGUGAAAAACUGGGGGAGAUCAGCGACAAAAUCGGCAGCACCAUUGAUGACACCAUAAACAUAUUUAGGAAGAAGGAGAGAGACGACUCGCCAGAUCGAUUCAGUGACAAUGAGGAGGACAGAGGUCGAUCGUCUCACAAUGGCCAGCAGAGAAAAGAAUUCAAAGAUGAAGAAGAGACUGUUACCACCAAGAGUGUACAGAUUGUCCAAGCAACAGAGACAACGGCAAAGCGGAGCAAGAGAGGAGUACCGUCAAAGAAAGUAGACCUGGGUGCUGCAGCCCACUACACAGGAGACCAGAGCCCGGAUACCACCCCCAGACAGCCCCAGCCAGCAGCUGCCUCCCAGCCCUCCAGUACUGCCCUAGCUGACCUGCUAAUGGUGGACACAACACCCAGUCAGCCUGCUGCCUCAGACCUGAUUGGUGGAUUUGCUGACUUCUCUUCAACUGCCGCCUCUGCUGGGCUGUCCUCUGCAUCAGCACCAGCUUCUAACACCAACGGAGACUUUGGAGAAUGGAACGCCUUUCCCGGAGGUCAGAUGCCAGCGUCUGUUCAGACCGUCAACAUCGGCGGAAAUGACCUUUUUGGAGCCAUGACAGCAGGUUUGGCUGCUGCUCCCGCCCCAGCUCCAGCCUCUGGCCCUGCCUCAGCUGACCUGUUUGACUUGAUGGUACCAGCUCAGUCCCUGACCUCCUCUCAGAGCCUCAACUUUAGCAUGAGCAGCACUCAGAGCAUGAGCUCCACAGUCCUGCCUCAGUCUAGGUCACAGCCCCUUCAGAAUAUGGGUGGUCCUUUACAACCACAGCCUAUGCAGCCCCUCCAGCCUGUGCAGCAGGGAGGAGCUACGCAAGGUGCAGGAGCCAAAGCAUCCCUCCCAUCCACCUGGUCAGAUCAUUCAGUCAACAUCAGCCUGGACUUCCUGGGCCCUGGCAUGCAGCCCCCUAAGCCAAGCCAGCCCAGUCUCAACACCCUCCAACAAGGUAACCAGGCACCUGCCAACAUGCUCUCCCAGGGAUUUUCCAGUAUGAGUCUUGGACCUACAACAGUCAGACCACCUGUUAAUCCUAUGAUGCACCCUGGUGCUGGAAUGGGAAUGGGAAUGGGAAUGGGCAUGGGCAUGGCACCCAACCAGGGUAUGAUGGGGAUGGGCAUGGGCAUGAACAUGGGGAUGCAACAGGGAGCUAUGACCAUGGGGAUGCCUGGUGCCAUGGGAAUGGGGAUGAACCCUGCCAUGGUCCAACAGCCCAAACACGAUGCCUUUGCUGACUUUGGCAACUUUGGAAAGUGAUGGAACUGGAGAGCAAAGAUUAUCAGGAGGAGUGGUGGCAGUCUCUCUCUCCGUCCACUGGCGAAGGAUUGUGUUAUGAGCUGCAAACAAAGAGUACUUGAAUAAUAUCAACUAUCAUAAUACCAACAUCAUGCAAUCUCCCUAUCUUUUUCUUUUUUUUUUUUUAAAAGUAAUGUAACGAUAUGGAUCUAAAUGAAUGUGUGUGUGUUGUUCGAACCAAUGAUCUGUCUGGUCUGGGAUGGCAGUCAGACACACAGAUAAGUGUGCCUUGUUGGUUAGUUAUGAGUCAGUGAAAAGAAGGAAGAGAGUGCCACUGAGAGAAUGUUAGGGGGAUUUGCUUUAUAACCUCAAUCAAGUGAAAUCGCUAGAAUAGCAAAAAAAAAAAACAUGUAUCGGUAGCUGCAUAAUUCUUUUUUUCUUGUUUUUGAGACGCAUUCACAUUAACUAUACUGAAUGAUGAGUUUGGAUAACAUGAUCAGCCAUUUUACCUUUCUGCAUACAUCGAAGAAUGUCAAGUUACCUCUUUCCUGUCCUCGCUCUUCCUUUGACCUGUAAAUAGAAAUCUCGAGCUCACACAAUAAGUUAUGAAGUUCAAAUAUGAGAGGCUGUGACAAUGUGAAGAGUUGUGUCAUACAGACCAAAUCUGAUAUGAAUUAAGACCUGUAACAAAGCACAUUAACACCUUCUCUUUGUACAUAAGUGUCCACACUCCAAAUGUAACUAGACUUGUACAGUUGGAGUAAUUAAUAAUUGUUUGCAGUGGAAGCUAUUGAUUAAUCUGAGGAUAUUUUUCCUCCAGCAGACCAUCAUUUGUGGCCUUUACUAUUGAUAUCUAUCUGCAUAUUUUACUUAAGAAUAUUGUAAUCACUUUGCAUCCAAAUGAGAUAAUCAGUAGGUAGAAAAAACCUCACACAGGGGUUGUGGGUUCUUCGUUACAGUGCCUGAAAGACCUUUGCCUUUUUCUCUUCAGUUAAGCUCUGUGAAAGAGACAGUAAGACUGUGCAGAGUUGAAGAUAGCUGCCAGAAUGGAGCUUCUGUACUUUGUACAAACAUGAAGUGUGUUUGUACUUGUGCCUCAAGCCAAGUGUGCUGUCUUUACAAAUGCUGUUGUUUCACCCAUUCACUUCUGUUUAUCCAGUGCCCCAUAUUUCCCACUGUAUUCAGGCCAGUGAUAACCUCAGAGCUACAAAAACACCCCGAUGAAAGACCUAUUACUGUUAAUUCAGCACCUCAAGUGUUGAUCGAGACUGUUAUUAAGAUUGUCUAAUGCGUCUGUCUGUUAAAUGUGCACCUUUUUAAAUGCUGCCUUUCAUUUUCACCUUUCAUCUUCAUUAACGUUGCACAUUAAAAUGACAAAUCUUGCAAACAUUGUCACUGACAUAACAGUCGUCAGUCUAAGUCUGCGUGUUUUGCAAUUUAUCAGGUACAAAACAUUGAGAGAGGAAGCACUUUUACCGGCUGGGAUGCAGUUUGUACACGCCCAGUAUGUUCUGUUGGUUAGAUGAAGAUGUGUUGUGGGGCAUCACAGCAUGAACAGCCCCAUUCCGCUGUACACCAGCUUUGUUGCGUGUUAGAUGUACACAACAUUUCUUCUUCAGUGGUCCAAGUGCCUGCCGAUGGUGGCCUCCUGACCCUUGUAUGAGUGAUUGAUAAUCAAAAUUGGACCUUGGGUGCCUGACAUUUUUGGUAUGUCAAAGAUGAGAUAAAUAAUUCACUGACCAGAGGAGAAGGCAGUGGGUUCUGAAGCCCCGGGAGGACUGAAGUUGUGCUUUCCUACUCUCCCAAAGGGCUGGAGAGGCUGAGCACACUAACACAUAGUAGCCCUGCAUCGGUGUCUGAGGCAUUAAAAUGACCAAAAUCUGUUUGCUGUUUUUUCUAUUAUCAGUAGAGAUUAUUUUAUGCAUUUUGUUUUCUACUUUGAUUCAUUUUGGUCCUCUCUAAAAUGGGAUUGUUACUGAAACACUAGUAUAUGCAAAUGUAAGAAAAAUCCUUUGAGAAAAUUAAAUUUUGCAUUAUUCCCAUUUUGAUUUGAUUUACACGUCAAGAUUCUUUAUCUACAACAUUAAACAGUUGAUUGAAAUUUG